AUGACAUCUCAGGCAUUUCAGGAUUCAGAAAGUAGCAGGCAGCGACAAAUUCGUUGCUUCUUCAGUCAGAAGAGAAUGUUUCACAUCCGCGGCAUGUUCAAUUGGUCUGUUGAGGUUGGAUGGGACGAGUUUUGGUUCCAGGGUGUGAAAAACAUGGAGAGUGAGGCUUUAUUCUACGAGAUAAUGUCACGCCUGCCCAAGGAUGAAAAAAGUAUUAGUAGGAAUGUCCCAGGGGAGUCAUCAGGCAUGGGAAAUAGUCCAUCGAGUUCAAUCGUUAUUGACAACUCAGAGUAG